UGUCCAGGUGGAAAAAAAAAAGCUGGCAGUAACAUUAAGAGGAACCUCUCGAAGAUCCGGCAGCUCAUUUCGCAGAAGAGAGAGUCGGUGCUAGCUUGAGUCGUGAGGAGAACUCCAGUGUGCAGAGUCAGCUGCCGCUCAGAAGACUGCGUUUGCGACGAUCGAAAGUCGUGUUGCUUUACGUUGGCGUCCUUUCUUCGAAUUCUUCCACGGGAAUGGAAUAUUGUGCAACGCUCUAGAACUGCGAUUCUAUGGACGGAGAGCGUUUAGAGAAAUCCGUGUGUCGAGGUGGCUCGCCAGUCAACAUGGUCUGAAAGUAUUACUUCGGGGAAAGUGAUUUCUUUAUUUACAGACCUCUUCCCUUGUAUGGAACCUGAAGAGAACUACCUUUAACGGAAGACCUACUGGAGAUUGCCUUCGACUUCUCGGUGUCGGGAUUUGUUCGGCGCACUUGACUAUCCGCAGACACUUUGUACCGAGGGCUGAGUAACACGGAACGCCCGGAGAGAGUUUCGCCUGGUUUUUGUAUUCAGCUCUCCCAGAAAUGGUGGGGCACCUACAUUUACAAGCUAUGGAUGACAGUCUAAAAGGAAAGAACCGGGAAGGGUUGCUCGACAGUCCGGAUUCAGGGCUUCCCCCAAGCCCAAGCCCUCCCCUCUACUCGCUGUCCCCGGCUCUGCUAGAGACGCGCUCCGCUGGCUACAUCGCACCAACUGAACAUCAUGGAUACUAUAAGAAGGAGAACAGAGAAGGCAAACUGCUGCCGUACCUCCUCCUCAACUCCACGGGGGCAGACACCAAGGCCCGCAUGUACCCCGUCUUCUUCGGAGAGAGCAUCGAGGUGAACCCCAAACCAGAGCAAGAGAUCAGGUGUAAUUCGGAGGUGAAGUACGACUCAGACAGGCACUACCGGGACCAGGUGUACUGCGCGCCGGUCCCCACGGUGACCUCCUACAGCGAGACGGUGGUGGCAGUGCACAACUGCACGUGGCGGAGCUACAAGUCGGAGCUGCAGUUCGAGCCGCGCCAGAGGCCCCUGCACUUCCAGAGCACCACCAUCAUCUUCCCCAAGCGCGCCAAGAACACUUACCGCACCACGCUGCGCUACAACGCCUCGGGGGCCCGCCGCUGGUUCGUCUCCAGCGUCCAGCUCGAGUCCAGCGAGGACGUCAGCCCCUGCAUCAUUUACACAGAGGACCUUUAAACCACGCCCCCUUGCCCCACCCCCACCACCGC